GUGUGAACACACGGUGACAGUUUAUUUUGACCUUUGUCUAUGUUGUGUUUUGUAAAAAAGAGCGCUAAUAAUUAUUGUAUCUUUGCUUUCUCUAAAUCUUAGCUUUAAUAUAAUGUUAUAAAAGGUGAAAAUCAAGAAUAAAAUAAGUUUUAAGGUUGUAUAUUUCAAAUAAUAUUAAAAAAAAAAUACAAUAUGGAAUCGGAGGAAUCGUUUAAAACUAGUUUAAAUACGGUAAAAGAGAUGCUAUUAGAUGAAGAAAAAAUAGUGACAUACGUAUCAUUGAGUAAAGAUCUUUGUAUUCAUAUUAAUACUGGUAAAAAAUUGUUGCACGUAAUAGUGAAGCAAAUUGCUGAGCAAUGUCCAGAUGUAAAGCUAAACGUUAAUUAUAUAAUAUCGGGUAUCACAGAUGAGAACAAGGCGCGAACAACUGUGUGUACUGGAGAAGAAUUAAAAAAUCUUAAAACAACGUUUAAAACAAUACUUUAUGAACAUGUAUACAGUGUAAGCAUAGGUUCUCCAAAGACAGAUCAUGCUGCUUAUCUUUUAUUAAAUAAAUUUGAUGACUAUCACCUAUGUGCAGGUUCGAUUAAAAAUAUUGAGUGUAAUAAACACACAUUUGAUGAAAUUGGAAGCUUAAAGAGCAAUAGUCAACAAGCAACAACAAUCGAAAGUAAAGACUCAGUUAUUCCACAAAAGAAAAUAAAGUCUGAAUCAAAGAAUAUAACAACUGAAGUAAAAAAUAAACUACUAGAAGAGUACACUAAUGGAGAAGUUAAUGAUAAACUAAAAACAAAUAUAAAAACAGAAUCUGUUUCUCCCAGGAAAGAAACUAGUAAUAAAAAACCAAGUAAUAAUAAAAGUAACAGUCAUAAUAAUAAAACUCAAAAAGGAAUUGUAGGAUUUUUUAAUAAAUCAAAUACAAAUCAGAAAAAAACUUUGAAAGAACCUGAGAACAAACGUGAAAUAAACGUCCUAAAAGAAAGUAAGAGUAUUGAAAUUAAAGAAGAAAAAAUGGAAAUUGAUUCGGAAAUUCCUAGUCAAGAACCAGAAGAAGAGGUUAAAAAUGAAAGUAAGAAGAAUAAUAAUAAAGUUCUUAACCAAAUAAAGAAAACCUCAAAGGUUGAUAAAAAAAGGAAAAGGGUACUAAAGGUUUCUGACAGUGACAGUGAUGAAGAAAAUGAUCCCUUUGCUGAUAAAUCAGAAAAACAAGAGGUUAUAAACGAAUCUGAUGAUGAAAUCCCUCCUACACCAUCCGUUAAUAGUAUUAAAAUUACUUCAGGUAUAGUAAAUCCUAAAAAAAGAAGAAAAAUUGUAGAUAAAACAUAUACUGAUGAAGAUGGAUACAUAUUAACAAAGAAGGAAGAGGUAUAUGAAAGUUGUUCUGAGAAUGAAGAAGAUGUAAAAGUUAAAGAAAUUGUAAAAGAAAGAAAAUCAGAAAAGCAGGAAAUAACACCUAAAGAGAAGAAAAGUACUGCAUCAACCAAGAAGAAAAUAUCUCCACCGCAAAAAGGAAAACAACCUACGCUUGCACAUUUUUUCACAAAAAAGUAAAAAUAUUUUAAAUUAUAUUUUUAAUAACAAUCAUGGACUUGUUGAUUUUGCCUCUUGAGGAUGUUUUUGAAACUACAAUAAAAAAUAUUUUUUUAACUUAA